AGGUUAGAGAAAUCUUUCUUUGGAGUCUACACAAUUUAAAGAUUGAAGCUACAUUAGAAGAGAAGAACAAUAUCAAUUCUAGAAUCUUGCAGCUGACUAGGGUAUAUAAAGGUCAGUGAUACUCCCCCUAGUCGAACUCUUACUGGUAAUGAAAAUGAAAUGAAAUGAAAUAAAUACUGCGGAUAUGGAUCACAUUGCCGUCACGGUACCCGCGGCUGACGGACCCGGCGUGCGGGGUAAUCCCGAUGCGGAAUAGCCUGCCUUGGGGGAAAGGGCAUUGUUGGUGCCUGAGGCUUAAUCGAAUAUUGUCACCGCCACAGUCGCACAUGGCUAGAACCCCGUCAGCCACCUGUGGCUUGAGUCCUGAACAGCCACAGUCGCUGAGCCAACAAUCAGUUCCCAAGCCAAGGCGGUGUGCUUUGAUUGGCGCACACCUCGGUCCACUACGCCUCAGGCAGAGAUUUUCACCCGCACCCAAUCACAAGUUAGCUUAUCAGCGGCCCAAAAGAAAAAAAAAUAAUCGCCGCCCCGCCAUUAUCAAUUGUUCCGUCUUUCUUGUUUGGCUUGACUUUUCUCUCUCUCUCUCUCUCUCUCUUCGGUCUUCACUCUCCCCUCUUUCCCUUUUCUUUCUCUGUUUAUAUACCCUGUUGUUUGCAUUCAAGACAGUUCCUCCUCGUAGGGCUGAUCUGACGUUGGUUUAACGUAAAAGUUUGAAAGUUUGAAUUUAUUGUGAAUCUUUCUCUCUUCUUUUUUUUUUUCCUGUUUCCCUUUUUUGUCAUCUCAAUCUUCCAUCAGGCUGCGAAAA